UUUAGAAGUGCUGGUAAUUUUGACAAAAGAUUUCUUUUAAAAUGGUGAUAUGCUGUAUAAACGAUGUGUUCACGGUUUGUUUUCUGUGUACAAAAUGUGCAAGUUUAAUUAGCCAACUGAGCUAAACGAGGGACUCUUGCUACUAACGAUCUAGUAGACCUAUUUAAAAUACUAAUAUUAAUGUUGCUUCACUCUCCUGAGCCAAGCAACUGCUUUUUAACAUUAGCCUUACGACUUUUUAAGUCGCUAAUACCGCAGAGCUGUCGGUUUGUCAGCUUGUUUUGGGGGUAGCCUAAUUCUGCCAUGAUGUGGCCAAAAAAAACACAUUUUUACAUAUAUAUGACACAAGCUGAGUGAUAUUGAAGCAAAACAUAAACGAGCUCAUCCUGCUCGGGUACCGGGUAGUGGUUUCAACACUCCCUGUCUGACACACGGUGGGGGUGCAUGUAAAAGCUGUAAUGAACGGGGGCUCCCAUCUUCUCGUGCCUUCAUGCCUCCUGUAGUUAAAGGUUUCCUGUGCAGCAUUUAGUCACUGUGUAAAAACCAGCUCCUGUCGCGACCACUGGAUUCCUUCCUCUCAUCUCUGGAAAUGCCGACUGAUUCAAACGACCGCCCGGAACAGCCUGGGGGCGCCGUCUCUCUCUCUCCUCUGUCCAUCCCACAUUGCAGCGCACACUGACCGACACACGUGCAUGUAAUUUGGGUGACUGUGCGGCGCUGUGCCCCCUGACAGCACAGCGGUUUCCGUUAGGAGGAAAUGAUGGAGAAGGAAAGUUUCUGACGCCUCUCCUUUUUGUUGGGACUGUCCGCAGGAAAGCUGGAGAUCAUUUUUUGCUUUGCGCGGUUUGCUCGUCCUCAUUAUAACGACAGUAAAUCUGAAAAAUCCGCAUGGAUUUGGGAUUUAUAGGGUCUCCGACACUGAAAUGUCUCAGGAUUGGAAAUGCAGCUCCACGCCUGUCUGUUGCUUUUUAUUAUCACAACAGAUAAAACACUGGCCUUGUCGCACCACCACUGUGGUGGAAAUGUCAGCCUGGACCAAGAGCCUGCUGGUCGCAUCAAUCUCACUUUACCUGGACUUUUUACUGACGGCAACAGACUCAACCCCAUGAACCACCAGUCUGACGAAACCCUACCGGUUUCUAUUUGCACUUGGAUGAUAGGUAUUCCUCUGGGUCAGACGGUACUUUUAAAGGUAUUAUGGUUGGAAAGUGGUUCGAACAUAUCAGUGCGCUGCGUUUGGAACGAGGAAGAUCGGGUCCUGGAGAGUGGGGGGACAGCUCUGCUCUCCGGCUGUGAUAGGAACAAAGCCAUCCUCACUUGGACAGGAGCAGGACACUCCUCAAAUGAAAUUCAAGUGGCCUAUUAUGUUCAGGAAGAUGAGAGGAAUUCCUCGGAGGACCACACCAGCCCACAUUCAGACCAAGACCUCUUACGGUGGUCUCAAACAGGAACCAGCUUUACAAGCACAGCUCCUGUUGGUCAAGAGGUGGUGAGAGGGACAGAAGGGGUCAGAGGUCGCCUUUACAAAGCUCUUGAGUGGAGUUCUGGGCCUCAGUCUGCGUCUAGUCCCUCCUCUCAGGACCAGGGGCUGCUGCACCCCACCUCACCCCUGCAGGGACUCACUGUGGCUGGGAGAGCCGAUAGGGAAACUCUCCCUCUUCCUGAGGAAGAACCAAACAAUAGAACGGAUACAUCUGGAGCUGCUCACCUCACUGAUGGUCCCAUAUCUGCCAGAGAGAGAACACACCCCCAUUUUCAGCCUACACUCAGUACAGAUACACUAUUUCACACAGCAAACACAGAAACAAACUCUAGCAACGAGCUCCCACAAACCCAGAUGGCACUGACACAUGCAACAGCCAGUAGCCCCAACACCUUGCAUGGCACAGAAAUUCACAAAUAUACAGUCACUCAGACAUCUACAACCACACAAGCUCACCCUACUGUUUCCAGCUCUAGCGUCCCACCUCUCACCUCUUCUCCCCCUGAACUACCUUCCUGGACAACCUGGGAGAGUGGUACCAUCCAAAUCCCACGUGGUGGACCUGUUAGUGGGGCACCUGGAGAGAAACUACCCCAUUCCUGGAGGAGCCAGAGAAGCACAGACAGACUUAACUCUGAUCUGACCUCCGCCGUCACCUCUGACCCUUUAAAAUCACCCACCGAACCACAGCAGGAUGACUCAAGCAGUGCACACACUGAUAGUGCACACACUGAUAGUGAACCCACUGCGUCAUCAUCCUCCUCACAGGGCCCCGGCAGGACUCAUUCAUCCACCACCCACACCACAGGGCUUGACACUGCUGUUGGUACUGUGGAGGCUGCAUCACUUCGUCCAAACGUUAGUCGAACUGACUCAUUUGUAUCUGCUGCAUCGGAUGCUACCAGUCAAACUGCUGCGUUUGAGUCCUCUGAUAAACUUGAAAACACGGAGAUGCUUCACACGUUUACUUCUUCCACACAGAGUCAAACAAGCUCUCCACAAAGCACAGAGAGCGUCACACACUCCCCACCUCUUUACACAUCCUCCCCAUUCACACAGACAAGCAAAGAGGGGACACAAACAGCAACACAAAGUACAGAAAGAAAUGCUGUUAAUGCAUACGUGACUACUAACACUAUCUCCUCCUCGCCUGACAUUACGAAAGUUGAUGAAUGGGCUUUCACGGGUUCUUCAUCGACACCCAGAGUAGCACUGACAUUGGGAGAUGUAGUCCAGAACUCAGCUGCUACAGGAAUCACUGCUGACACUGAAACAUAUACACUGCAUCCCACUUACACACUCUUGCAUGACAACUCGCCCACAAAUUCACCAACUCCUGGUCCUCUUUUGUCAUCCAGUACAUCCAUACAUUCAUCUACACCUUCAUACACGCUCCAAACAUACACUACAUUUCCUGGUAGUUCACAUUUGCCCUCCACUACCACUGAAUCCGCUGCACACACGCUCCUCAUCAACCACAAAACCAUGCCUAUACCCUCACAAACGUCAACAAUCAAAUCUACAUCUUCACACAUGCCUCAUACACAUAACAACCUGCCUUUGCCAUCUUCUACUACAGCUACGCAUAAACAGCCCCACGACUUUAUUACUACUGCACAUACUUCUCUGCUCUCGCUCACAACUGCAAAAUCAGAUUAUGAACAUGGAGAUAAAGAGGUAGAAGUAGAGAAAGAUGACGAGUCUCGGCAGUGGUUUCCCAGCAGCACACAAACUCCCACAGCUGGACUUCCACGGCAACCUCCACCCUGGACGACCCCACAACCCAGCCAGAAGAACCAUACGGCGCUCACACCUUCUGUUUUAACCUCCGUACCCAGUGGGAGCUCCACAACUAGUCAGACACCCAAGUUCUACAUUGUGCCAGACCAGCCUGCAGCCAUUAGAGUGAAGUCAAUUGAGCUGCUGCUGCAGAUCAUUGUUGAAGAGUCCAGAUCGGCUUUUACUUCUCGCUUGGAGGAAGACACUGCUGCCUGGGUGGAGCCGUACCUACAGAGAGCCCCAGGGUUCAGCAGGCUGCUGGGAGUCUGGAGUAGUGGCCAUGCAGUGCAGAGUCUGGUGGAGUUUAAAACUAGCGGGGCUCUGCAGUGGCUCAGCAUGACAGGACCCACAUCACUAUUGGAACGAACAGGACUAGCUCAGGCUGUUCGCGAGGGGAGGAGCUUCAGAUCGUCAAAGAUCACCAACAUCACACUGGGUGGUCUGCAGGGUGACGUGUGUGACUGGUUACUACAGUGCCAAGCAGGCUACAAGUGUGUGUCCCAACCUGGCACUUCAAACUAUAGCUGUUCUUCUGUCUGCCACUUUGACUACUGCCACCACCAUGGCAUCUGUACACACCACCCAGGCCAACUUCCGGUUUGCCGCUGCCUUGUAGGAGAGGACUUCUGGUACAUGGGUCAGAGGUGUGACGUGAAGAUGACUCGAGUGCGGCUCGUGGGCGCAUGUCUUGCCAUCUUACUCAUCAUGGUGACAGCGAUUGGCGUUUUGGCCUUUGUGGCAGUGCGACGCUACCGAGCCAUUCUGAUCCAGGCCAAAGUAGAUCAGACUCGGAGCAGCUAUCGCAGGUUCAACCAUUUUGAUGAGCUGUCAGGACGGUUCUGGUUGCGUUCGUGGGCAGGAUCAGCAGACUCGCUAGAUAAUCCUGCCUUUACACGCUCCGAUGAGUUACUGCACCUGCGGGCGCUCGACCGCCCGUGCUGUUACCACGACGACACACUGUCGCUGGCCUCCACCUGCCCCAGCCACGGAACACGCAUCAAUACUAUCUACCCCCACAGCUCUCAGUAUGGUUGGAGGGGAAGCGAGAUGAGCAUGGGGGAUGGUGUGUUGGACUCGGGUAAGGCCAGUGACCUUUCUGUCUGUAGCUGGCCUGUGGAACCCAUUCAGUGGACUCCCUUCCCACUUCUGCAGCAGCUGGCUUCCCAAAGGACACCCACAGUGAGGGUGUCAAGGCCACGGUCCUACUGUGAGGGCAUGGAGCUGGUAGACCUGGGGAAGAGCUGGACUGCUUGACACACAUAAAGAAGAAUCAAAUCUGUUCUGACACUGGUAUUUGCAGCUCGUUUUCGCAGUCUAGGCCUCUAAUAUUCUUGUUUUGUUGAUAAAAACUGUAAAACAAUAAGUGUAAAUAUGUGUAUUUGUGUGUAUAUUUUUUGUUAAAUUGUUGCUACAUUUUCCAGUUUGAAUACAAUGUGUUUCUUAUGUUCCAUCUAACCCUCUGAUGUAGAAUAUACUGUAAAGAUAGAAAAAGAAAGAGGCUGUCUAAAUGUCUAUGGCGCAGAGUCUUACAUAAUGCUUUAAUAAACAUAAAUCUUACUCAGG